UUUUAAGAUCGGGAUCGGGAUGUAAAUUCCAAUGGCUGUCUUGUUGAAAAAAAUUUCGCCAGGAUGGCAACAGCUCAACAACUGGGGGUUUGUAACAAUACGUUGUAUUCAGAAAGGCAACUUCAAAAAGAGAAAAAGCAACGUGAUGUCUAAACGGGUAUUUGAACUUGUGACUGAAGACAUAGUGAUUGUUCCCCCUAGACCUCCCCGAGAUGUGUCCUGUACCAAGUACAAGAGAGCAAACAAGAUGUAUGAGGAGGAAGUGCCCAAUCCCUAUUUUGAGUACCGGAACAAACUUUGUCAAGAAUUCUUAGCAAGAGACGAGAACUUCUUCAUCUGUCACAGAAACCCGGUCACAGCCAAAGUUGUUCACGAUUACAGACUGACAAUGAAAGAAAAAGGCUUCCGUCUUCAGUUUGGAAUGACGAAUACUUUGUUAAAGAAAAAUAUACCAGGCACUAAGUUUGAAGCUCUAGCUCCAUAUCUUGUAUCCCAUAAUGUCUUGAUCACAGGUUCUGAAGGAGCAGACUUUCGAAAGCUUCCAGCAGUCCUCAGAAAAAUGCCAGAAUUUAUUUUAUUAGGAGGUUAUAUUGAUGGCAUUUUAUUGUCACGAGAGAGCAUAUUACAGUAUUCCAAAUUCCCUGAUAUUGAAGUGGGACACAGUGAAAUAGCUGGUGUUUUAAGUCUAGCUGCUGGUGGAAAAACAUCCACAUUGCUGAAUUCUCAUGCACAAACUCUUGGCGCUAAUUUAAAGCAGUAUGAAAAGCAAUUACAUGGGGAUGAUGAAAAUGAUUGAUGAUUCAGUGAAUUAUUUUGUUUCUUUUUAUAUUAAAAGUAUAAAACCUAUGA